AUGACAUUCAAAAUUCCAGAAAGCAUGAAAUAUGCUCGUGAAAAUGAUGAUGCCAAUUUUUGUUCGGAUGUAAUUGAUGCUGAGACUGCUAACUUUGUUUAUGAGAUUCUUCAUUCAGAUGCUUUACAGCUUUGCCUUACUCAAGGACAGGAAACAACGGGAUCUGUCCAACAAAUUGGGAAAGCUGCGCUAUUGGAGGAAUCUGAAGAAUUGGAGCAGGAGGAGAAGGUAGUAGAAAUCCCUAAAUCAGAGAAAAUCAAGUCCUCCAUCGAAGAACCACCAACUCUCGAACUGAAGCAAUUACCAAACCACCUCGAGUAUGCUUUCCUUCGAGAAAACUCCAAGCUCCCCGUCAUCAUCAACGCCUCCCUAACUAACGAGGAGAAGGGGAGAUUGAUCAAACUAUUGAAAAGUCAUGAACAAGCCUUGGCCUGGAAAAUCUCCGACAUUCGAGGAAUCAAUCCCUCAUUUCGCACGCACAAAAUUCUGAUGGAGGAUGACUACAAGCCGGUGGUCCAGCCUCAACGUCAACUCAAUCCGAACAUGAAGGAAGUAGUGAAAGCUGAGGUGAUCAAGUUACUUGAUGCUGGAGUAAUUUACCCCAUCCCCGAUAGUUCAUGGGUGAGCCCUGUACAGGUAGCCCCAAAAAAAGGCGGGAUGACCGUCAUCACCAAUGAAAAGAAGGAUCUCAUCCCCACCAGAACAGUCACCAGUUGGAGAGUCUGCAUAGACUAUCGUCACCUGAAUGAUGCCACCAGAAAAGAUCAAUUCCCACUCCCAUUCAUUGAUCAAAUGCUCGAGCGAUUGGACGGCCACAAUUACUAUUGCUUCCUCGAUGGGAUGUCUGGCUACUUUCAAAUUCCCAUCUCACCAGAAGAUCAAGAGAAAACCACAUUCACUUGUCCGUACGGUACUUUUGCGUAUCGGCGCAUUCCUUUUGGAUUAUGCAAUGCACCAGCAACCUUUCAACGGUGUAUGAUUUCCAUCUUUGACGAGUUGGUGGGAGAUAUCAUGGAAGUCUUCAUGGGUGACUUCUUAGUAUUCGGAGAUGCAUUUGACAAAUGCCUCCGCAACCUCGAAAAAUUUCUAAUCCGAUGUGAAGAGACGAAUCUCACUCUCAAUUGGGAGAAAUGCCACUUUAUGGUGACCGAGGGCAUUGUCCUUGGGCACAAUGUUACUUCACAAGGCAUCGAGGUUGAUCGAGCCAAAAUUGACGUCAUCUCCAACCUUCUACCACCAGUCAAUGUGAAAGCAAUAAGGAGUUUUCUUGGGCAUGUGGGCUUCUAUCGACGCUUCAUGAAAGACUUCUCCAAAAUUGCUCGACCAUUGACAAAGCUUCUCGAGAAGGAUGCUCCAUUUGACUUUACGGCGGAAUGCAACGACGCAUUUGAGGCACUAAAGCACAAACUGACCCACGCCCCGAUUAUGGUGGGUCCCGACUGCAGCCUACCGUUCGAACUCAUGUUUGACGCAUCUGACUACGCCGUAGGAGCUGUCCUCGGCCAAAGGUAUGACAAACAUUGCAAACAAAUUUCCUAUGCAAGUAAACCUUAA